CUGUCGUGGCCGGCUGGGGCCGGAGCUCGGGGCUCGGUGGACCUACAACUACACCGGACGGACCCCCAGGGCUGGGGAGUUGGGGAGGCCUGCCAGGGUCCCCUAAACGCAACCGCAAUGGCGGAGAAUUGGAAGAACUGCUUCGAGGAGGAGCUCAUUUGCCCCAUCUGUCUGCAUGUCUUCGUGGAACCCGUGCAGCUCCCGUGCAAACACAACUUCUGCCGGGGCUGCAUCGGUGAGGCAUGGGCCAAGGACAGCGGCCUGGUGCGCUGCCCGGAGUGCAACCAGGCCUAUAACCAGAAGCCGGGCCUGGAGAAGAACCUGAAGCUCACCAACAUCGUGGAGAAGUUCAACGCCUUGCACGUGGAAAAGCCGCCGGCGGCGCUGCACUGCGUGUUCUGCCGCCGCGGCCCCCCGCUGCCUGCGCAGAAGGUCUGCCUGCGCUGCGAGGCGCCCUGCUGCCAGUCCCACGUGCAGACGCACCUGCAGCAGCCCUCCACUGCCCGCGGGCACCUCCUGGUGGAGGCGGACGACGUGCGGGCCUGGAGCUGCCCGCAGCACAACGCCUACCGCCUCUACCACUGCGAGGCCGAGCAGGUGGCCGUGUGCCAGUACUGCUGCUACUACAGCGGCGCGCAUCAGGGACACUCCGUGUGCGACGUGGAGAUCCGUAGGAAUGAGAUCCGGAAGAUGCUGAUGAAGCAGCAGGACCGACUGGAGGAGCGAGAGCAGGACAUUGAGGACCAGCUGUACAAACUCGAGUCUGACAAGCGCCUGGUGGAGGAGAAGGUGAACCAGUUGAAGGAGGAGGUACGGUUGCAGUAUGAGAAACUGCACCAGCUGCUGGAUGAGGACCUGCGGCAGACGGUGGAGGUCCUGGACAAGGCCCAGGCCAAGUUCUGCAGCGAGAAUGCGGCGCAGGCGCUGCACCUCAGCGAGCGCAUGCAGGAGGCCAAGAAGCUGCUCAGCUCCCUGCAGACGCUCUUUGAUAAGACAGAGGAUGUCAGCUUCAUGAAGAACACCAAGUCUGUGAAAAUCUUAAUGGACAGGACUCAGACCUGCACAGGCAGCAGCCUUUCUCCCCCUAAGAUCGGCCACCUGAACUCCAAGCUCUUUCUGAACGAGGUGGCCAAGAAGGAGAAACAGCUCCGGAAGAUGCUAGAAGGCCCUUUCAGCACACCGGUGCCCUUCUUACAGAGUGUCCCCCUGUACCCUUGUGGCAUGAGCAGCUCUGGGGCGGAAAAGCGCAAGCACUCAGCAGCCUUCCCUGAGGCCAGUUUCCUAGAGACGUCAUCGGGUCCUGUGGGCGGCCAGUACGGGGCGGCAGGCACAACCAGCGGCGAGGGCCAGUCUGGGCAGCCCUUGGGGCCCUGCAGCUCUACACAGCACUUGGUGGCCUUGCCAGGUGGUGCCCAACCAGUGCACUCAAGUCCUGUGUUCCCCCCAUCGCAGUAUCCCAAUGGCUCUGCUGCCCAGCAGCCCAUGCUUCCCCAAUAUGGCGGCCGCAAGAUUCUCGUCUGUUCUGUGGACAACUGUUACUGUUCUUCUGUGGCCAAUCAUGGCAGCCACCAACCCUACCCCCGCUCCGGCCACUUCCCCUGGACAGUACCCUCACAGGAGUACUCACACCCACUCCCACCCACACCGUCCGUCCCCCAGUCCCUUCCUGGCCUGGCAGUCAGAGACUGGCUUGACGCCUCCCAGCAGCCUGGCCACCAGGAUUUCUACAGGGUGUAUGGGCAGCCAUCCACCAAACACUACGUGACGAGCUAACGCCACGCAGGCGGCAGGGUGCUGGGGAUUCUUCCCCUCAGCCCCUGGUGGCUCGGGAAUUAUGCAUUCAGAGACCUCCCUUCCCUCCCCUCUUUUCCUCUUUUCCUUCCCUCCAUUCCCCCAGGUCUUCCUUUUUGGAUUUGGUUUUAUUUGGGGUUUUGGUUUGGAUUUUUUUUUUUUUUUUAAUCUUUUGGACACGAAGGUCACAGUGGGAGCUGGCCUGGGCUGGGGCCACAGGUGGCCCUUGGAGUUGGGAAGGUGUCUGUCUCAAGGCGCUAAACUCUCUUUCUGUCUCUCCUUUUUUCUUCCACUUUUUCCCCUUCAAACACCCUUGGCUGGAAGGAGCCUCAUCUUCCCCUAAAGCCUUGGAGGGAGGGGUCCAACCCCUCACCCCACCCUGGGAGGAAGGACCAGUGCCCACCAGCCUGUUUCUCCCCUUGUUUUUCUUUUGGACGGUUUGAUCACUGAUUGAAUAAGGAAUGACCUGUAGAUUGAGGAGCCUUUUUAUUUUAUUUUAUUUUUUUUUAAAAAAAACAAGAAUUAUUUCUCCUGCUUCCUUCUCCUCACCAUCCUCCCAGAUGGAGUUCAAAGGCCACUUCUCAAGCAGCUUUUGGCAUCUUCAGCCUCAGAGUGGAAUCUUUUAAAAACAGGAACCCCAUGUCCAGGAAAGGGGAAAAGGAACUUUGCCAAUGAUAGUGACCACAGCAAAAGCAAAUAAUAAUAAUAUUAAUAAUAAUAAAGAGAAAUAAAUAAUAAAAUUUAAAAAACAACAACAGCACAGCCCUUGUUGAGGUCAGCAGAGGGGGGGAGGGGCUGCCCCAAGUUGGGUCCUUGCCUGGGUUUUGACACAGCAACUUCCUGUAUCGAGCGCUUUGUAGGAAUCGUGGACUUCCUGUUCUCAAGGCGCAAGUAUUUAUUCUGUAAUCUGUCUCGCACACACCGGAAUCCAACCUUCUAAUAAACUACUGGCGCAGUCCCA